AUGGGCCACCAUAUUGAUAGGAGGAUACACUCGAAGGGUGGACAGCAGAUGGAGGGCAUGCUAGGAAGGGGGAGCGUCGGGGAGCUACUGAAUGAGAAUCAUGAGUUGAUCCCCAAGCGCGCGGUACCACCAACCACUACCGUGGUACUUACGGUCAUCGAGGCUGUCCUGCCAAAUGGAUCUACAGCAGCCCAGUUUACCGUUCCUACUCUGCCGGCAACCGUCUCACACUCACGUCUGGGCGUAGUCACAAUUCCUGCGGGGUCCAUGUCCCCGAUAAUCGUGUCCUCCUUGCCUCCUCCGCAGACCAAAGUCCCAGCUACAUCUGCCCACCUUUCUCCAACGAACAGCCCAGUUAGUGUUUCACAACCUCCUCCCAGCCAGCCUUCCAAGCCGUCCACGAACGUGUCUCUCCCAUCCAGCCAGAAUUCUCUGCCAUCAAGUCAAAAUUCCCUACCGUCCACCAACAAUUCCCUACCAUCAACAAACAAUUCUCUUCCAUCUAGCCAUCCAUCUCAGCCGUCGACCGACAUCUCUACUCCAUCUACCGUACCUGCUACUCCCUCAGCUUCCACCUCUGUCCUUCCCGCUCCAUCUUCUAAAAGUUCUAUAUCUUCCAACACCGAAUCUAGCGCGGUGAGCUCGGCGCCAGCGUCUUCGAUAUCAUCGACUGCACAAUCAUCAUUACCAACUACCACAUCGGGCUCUAUACCUUCUAGCAGCCAGAUAUCCUCCACUACCUCAUCUCUUUCCACAUCCCUUUCAAGCAGUAGCACAAACCUCUCAUCCUCAUCGUCAUCAUCUACCUCUUUAUCAUCUAUAUCAUCAACGUCGACAAGCUCUACAUCAGGAUAUAUUCCUGGAGGGGGUGGAGGAGCAACAGGAGAACCACCGGUACCCACUCAAACCAACGGUAACACUCCCAAAGCCUCAUCUAGCGAUGAUGUUCCCAAGAUUGUCGGCGGUGUUCUUGGAGGUGUAGGCGCAAUUGCUCUGGCUAUUAUAUUAUUACUUCUCCUGCGCCGUAUAAGGAAACGCAAGGCGGUCCGAGAGAGUCACCUCACAAGCAAAAUAGUAAGCUCUGGGGCUUCAGCCGGUCGAAACACAUUCUCAACUAGCGAUACCAGCCAGCUUUCUGGGUCUGUUCUUGGUGGAGCUACUCGUGUUUUCGACAGAUUCAGAAAUUCAAGCAGCUCGAUGGCAGCGGAAGCAGCACCAGCCCAGCGUGGAUUCCAGAAAAUAGGAGGCAGAAAACUUACUUCCGUCCUAGAAACCGGCGGUGAUGGCUACGACGAUAAGUUUGGAACCGAUGAAAAGCGUCUCAUCGCUUCCCCUGAACGCGCGGGUUUUGGGAAAGAGACGGGCUCCAGGUCUGCUGCUGCUGCAGGCGGGGACAGCUCUUUCGGGGCUGGGCUGCACAAGGAGCUAGGGUUAGGACAACAGCUAUCACGAUCCCCUCCUACUUCAGCAAUGGCAAUGGACCGACCUCUUUCUGACGAGAGCACUUACUCCGAACGCGUUGCAUUCCGCCCUUCGCCUGCUCGGACACCCGUAGCCACCCCGAUUGAAUCUGCCAUGCGUGGAGGAAUAUCCACCACGCCACAGAGCGGCAUAGUCGCUCCAUCAGAGCCUCUCCCAUCAAUUAUACCGCCGUCUGUCAGAGACGGAAUCGGUCGAAGUUUGGCAGCUGCUGAUGGAAGCCGUGCAAGUAGAUUCACGGAAGGCGUUUGA